CUUAUCGCCAGGCUUACACUGCCGUGGGUCACACAAACACACAACGCUCUAGCCUCGUUCUAUGUCUGAGAGCUGGUUGACAUCACUCUUCUUAUCACGAUAGAUAAAUGAAAAUUCACAUUUAAUCUGAGACCAAUGGCGUUAAGUGGCCAAGCGGGUGUUUUUGCUGUUGCUGUACUGUGUGCUGCUGGUGUUGGUGUGGUGCUGCACAUCGUUGGCCUGGCAACGCCAGAGUGGACCAACUUGCCGAACAUACCGUUAUUCGGAUCCCGAAGUUACGGGCUGUGGCAAUUAUGUGCCGGUGGAAACUGUGUAGACUAUCCUACUAAAGCUGACAGCCUUGCGGCGUGCGAGGCCUUCGCCAUCCUAGGCAUGCUAGCAGGCUGUGUUGCUGUUGUGUUCGCCAUUCUUCAACUUGUUUUCAAAAUCAACGGGAAACCCCAGAACUCUAAAUUUAAUCUGGCCAUCAUUGGUGGAUGUUUUUCUGCUUUUGUUUGUAUUUUGAUAACAGUAGCCGUCUGGGGUGGAGAAAUUCAUGAGCCAAUGACAGCGGGCAACGCAGAGAUCGGAUACUCGUUUAUACUUAGCAUCGUUGGUGGCUGUCUGUUGGCUAUUGCUGGUGGUCUUGAAUGCGCCCUACUCAAUAGUCAAUAAAACACACACAUACAUACACACAC